CUCCCUUCUAUGAAAGCGAUAGAAGAAGACAGACUUCACAGCGACAACAGUCUGUAUCUGCUGAAGCGGAGAGCAACAUGCCGGGGACACUAUUCUCCAAAAUGCAUCUAUUGGUGCUGAUCAUAACGAUGACGAUGUUGGAUUUAUCGUUGAUGACUGCUGCUCCACCCGCCUGUGACCCAAUAACUCAGUAUGUGAAGGAUGACGUGUGUUGCAAGAUGUGUGGACCAGGGACCAGAAUGUUAUCCCAGAGUAUCUGUGCACCGGAUCCUCAGUGCAUAGAUUGUGAAGACAAUGAGUAUCAGGAUAAAUACACUGCUGAAUCCACGUGUCAUCGUCAACCAUACUGUGACCCACAUAAAAACUUUAAGGCUGUCCUCGAUAAGAACAAGAAGAAACUAAGCGCCUGCAUGUGUAAAGAUGGAUUCCACUGCUCAAGUGGAGAAUGUAUAACCUGUGUGCCACACAAAACCUGUGAACCAGGAUUUGGAGUUAAAUCCAUAGGCAACCAUGCGCAUGACACAGUGUGUGAGAAAUGCACAGGAGGCACAUUUUCCGAUGUCGACUCAAGCAGCGGUGUCUGUACGAAAUGGACAGAAUGUAUGGAUGGAGUCCAUGUUCAACAAGGCGGAACAGACGUAUCUGACCAAAUCUGUGUGCCAUCCAUUCGGUCCCAUGUAGGUUUGAUCGCAUCUCUGUCCACUGUGGUUGUAUUUGCCGUGGUUUUAGCUGCUAUCUGGUUUUGUCUAUGCAAAGGUAAACGAGACACACAAGGAAAUCUGAAGGCCUGUGUUGAAUCAUGUUGGGGAGACAAAAAAGAGCCACUGAGAGAAGCCAACGUGCUGAUAAACCCCCCAACUAAUCCUAUUGAGGAGGAGUCCAUCAUGCCGGAGCUGCAGUCGUCUCAAGAGGAGGCUGGUGCGAGGACACCGGAGGAAAACGAGGAUGAGCAUAGCCAGGAAGUGUUAGUAGAUUUAGCUCUCACUGAAAAUGGAAACUAUGUCACUCAGGAGAACGGGAAAUCGACAGUCCUCUCCCGACAGGAAUCACAAACGCAGACAUUGACUGAGAGCAGCAGCUGUCACUACGAUCAUAAUAUGUAAAAAUGAAUGUUGUGUAAUGUUGCCCUAUGUUUCUGUUGUAUAUAAUCCCCCCCUUAAAAUGUAGAUAGUAACUUUAAGCGUUGUGACUCUAUCUAGCAUGUACAUACUGCUGCAGUGGCAUAUGGUGUAGUUUAAAAGUCGUUACCAUUUUUCUAAGUUGUUUUUCAAGUCAUGUCGUCAUCAUUUGUAUUUCAACCUAGCAAAAUGUUAAACGUGUCAUAUUUGCACAAGGUAUGAAGUUGUGUCAUGGUGAUAAUUGUGCAUGGGAAACUGAUGUAAAAACAUUUGAACUUGUAUUAAAAUGCCUACCAAUUGAAUGUUAA